GUUUCAGGUGGAAAAAGAAGGUUUGCAAACCCAUCAUGUCUCUCAGGCCAAUAUUCCAACUGCAGUUUUAUUUCCUCCCUUCUCCUGCAACUGUGACUCCCAAAAGAGGUGAAGAGCUCAGCGUGAUCAGACUGAAGACACCCUCUGGCAGAUGCAGCACAACAGCCUCAGAACACAACUGAGCCUCCUCCAUGUUCCACAGUUCAUAUUUGUGACUCUAUCAUGGACCACAUCAUCUACUACCUAGUGGUCCUGGGAACUACAGUGAUGAUCACCCAUGCAUGUCCUAAAUACUGUGUAUGCCAGAAUCUUUCCGAGUCCCUGGGGACAUUAUGUCCCUCCAAAGGCCUCUUGUUUGUUCCUCCGGACAUCGAUCGCAGCACAGUGGAGCUCCGGCUUGGAGGCAACUAUAUCCUUCGCAUAACUCAGCAGGACUUUGCCAACAUGACCGACCUGGUGGACUUGACCCUUUCUAGAAACACCAUCAGCUAUAUUCAGCCCUUCUCCUUUGGUGAUCUGGAAACACUGCGCUCACUACAUCUAGACAACAACCGCUUAUUGGAGCUAGGCCCUGAUGAUUUGCGAGGCUUGGUCAACCUCCAGCAUCUAAUUGUUAACAACAACCAGCUGGGACGUAUCCAUGACAAAGCUUUUGAAGACUUGGCUCCUGCUUUGGAGGAUCUGGAUCUCUCCUACAACAACUUGAUAUCUUUGCCAUGGGGCUCAGUUCGGCAGAUGAUUAAUCUGCACCAACUUAGUCUAGACCACAACCUCUUGGACUUCAUACCAGAGGGCACCUUUACUGAAUUGGAAAGACUGGCCAGACUGGACCUGACUUCAAACCGCUUACAGAAGCUACCCCCGGAUCCAAUUUUUGCCCGGGCCCAGGAAUCACUGAUUCUGACUACACCAUAUGCCCCCCAGUUAUCCCUAAGCCUGGGUGGAAACCCAUUACACUGUAACUGUGAAAUGCUGUGGCUGCGCAGGCUUGAGAGAGACGAUGAACUAGAGACUUGUGCUUCCCCACCCGCCCUGAAGGGACGUUAUUUCUGGAAUGCAAAGGAGGAGGAGUUCUUGUGUCAACCACCUCUCAUUACACAGCACACCCACAGGAUGCUGAUUUUGGAAGGCCAGACAGCUAGCCUAAGGUGCGAAGCAACUGGGGACCCUUCACCUACCAUUCACUGGAUCUCACCUGACGAUCAGCCGCUUGGCAACUCCUCCAGAACUGCAGUCUAUAGCAAUGGAACUCUAAGCAUCACCAUCACUACCUCCAAAGACUAUGGCACCUUCACUUGCAUUGCUGCUAAUGUGGCUGGGGAGUCCACUGCUUCUGUGGAGGUUUCUAUUGUCCAGCUACCUCACCUCACCAAUGGCACUGGGAAGCCAGAAGAGCCAAAGUCACGGCUCUCUGACAUCACAGGCGCCACUAGGAUUAGUAAGGGGACUCCCAAAAGCCAGCUAGAGAGGGCAGUGUUAAUCUCUGAAGUGACAGCUGUUUCAGCCCUGGUUACCUGGACAGUAAGCAAAUCAGCACCCAAGGUGAAGAUGUACCAGCUUCAGUACAACUGCUCUGAUGAUGAUGUUCCAAUCUACAGGAUGAUUCCAGCCUCCAACAAAGCUUUCCUGGUGACAAAUCUGGUGCCAGGGACCCGCUAUGAUCUGUGUGUGCUGGCCACGUGGGACGACACUGCCACCACGCUCACAGGUACCAACGUAGUGGGCUGCACACAUUUCUUUACCCAUGAUGACUAUCCUCAGUGCCAGACUCUGCCCAGUCAGCUGCUGGGAGGCACCAUGAUCCUGGCAGUGGGAGGCAUCAUUGUGGCCACCCUGCUUGUGUUUAUCGUCAUCCUCAUGGUGCGUUACAAAGCUGCAGAUACUGAUGCUCCGAUGGGAAAAUUAAUCAGUGUAAGUGACACAUAUGCUCAGACCAACGGGGGUCGACUUGGACAAAAUGGACUUCUUAUGCUCCGGCCUCAGCCUCCACCUGAGCCAAACAUCAAAGCUAAAGUGGCUCGACAGGAUGAGGUGGUGGAUUUCAAGUGUGGCUCCCUUCAGGGCAGCCUCACUUCCUCCUCCUCUUCAUCAGGCUCCAUGGCUGAAGGCUCAUACAGCCUCAGCAGCACACUUCCCAAUAUUUGGAUGUCAGCUCUUUCCAAGCCCAGGUGCAACCUGGAUAACCUCCUUGGGGCCUUCACGUCACUGGAGCUGCGGGGGGCACAGUGCCGUGAAACAGGAGCCUCCAGCAGUGUUAUGAUGACAAAGCCCCACACAGACCGGGAACCGCUGCUGGGCCGGAUGCUAGACUCCAGUCUCAGUCGGCUCCUCAUGCUACCACUGGACUCCAAGCCAAAAAGGAGUAUGUCCUUUGAUAUGGGAGAUGUAACCGGCACAGGUGCAUCUCAGCUCCGCAGCAAACCUCACAGGAUUAGCAGUGUCUGGACUAAGCGGAGCCUGUCUGUAAAUGGCAUGCUGCAGUGUGAGGAGGAGGAGGGGGACACAGGCGGGAGCAAGGGGACGAUAGACAGUACUGACUGGGUGAUGGAGAGUACUGUUUAGAAAUGAUGGAGAGCCAUCAUACUGUCAAACACUGCCCCAGUCAUGCCACAGCAGACCUGCUUGUCUAAGAGACUCUCUGCAUGAACCUGCUUCAUUCCUUUUUGCCUCAGAGAUCGAUCAGUGAUCUCUGAAUGUGACACACAGAUUUUACAAAGUGAUGCUCGUGGAUGUUAUUAUAUUGUAAAUGUGUUUUUUAAAUAAAAUGUUCUAUUACUAGCCUGCCUGGAUCGAGACACUACCAGUGAUAAUGUUAUAAAAUCUACUGUAAAUUCAUCCUCAUUUUAAUUAACUGAUGUAAUUAAACCUCUUCUGACUGAGUGGUGCAGCUUGUACUUAUAUAUGUAGGCGUGAUGCAUCGAUUCAGUAGGAUUUAAGAAAAAACAUUUAUUGUAUGUGAACAUAUAUUUACAGAGUAUAUAUUUCAGGGGACACUCAGUAAUUCUGUAUGCAAGAUAUCAAAUGUGUCUGCAUAGAUCAUAAAACCCAAUCAUCUCUGUACCUACAGCUGGAUUAUAUUAUUUAAAAUGCCAAAUUUUGGAGGUAACUGGUGGGAUACAGAGGGCCUUCCAGGACAGCUGGGCCUGCUUUGUCUGUGUAUUUUGAAUUCUUUACUUCAGUAGCAAAAUAAAUGUUUUUAUGGUUUUUCUUUUCUUUUCAAGAUGUUCUCUCUAUUUUUUUCAUAAGCCAAAUAAUGCAACCAAAAUAUUUUCAUCUCCCAGCUCUGUGUGGGCUACAUACACCCUUUUUUUCCCCAAAACACACAAACAAAAGAAUGCAAAGUCAGUUUGUGUUUGGUUUGUUGUAACGAUGAUUCUUGGAUAUAAGUCUUACACUGCUGUAAAGCCAGUUUUUUCCCUUACAUGGAGCCACAUUUGUAAGGAGAAGGCAUUUGUGGGCUGAGCAGCAGAGUUGAGUCUGUGGGUUGCACCCAUGAAAAAUAAGGCUUGUCAUUCACUAGAGGGAAUCUCAGUGCAGAGAGAUAUCAAGAUGAGAUUCUGCAUCCAGCAGCAAUUCAUGUCUCCACAGUCUGGGACCAAACUGUCCUCGAAGAUGACCACACUCACCCCCACAGAGUGGGAUUAUCAGAGACUACCUCCAGAAUUCGGGAGUGGAGAAGAUGGGCUGGCCUGCCUGCAGUCCUGACCUCAACCCCACUGAACACUGUGGGAUCAGCUGUUGGAGCCAGAGUGACCAACACUUAUUCCUUUCACUUUAACUAGUAGUGACUUCAUGGA